AUGAGCGCCGCCGCCGCCAAUCAACAGCUCUUCAACGUCCACACCUGGCGCGACCUUGACGAAACGGAACCGCCGCCCUACGAGAAAAACGAGCGUCUGCCACCAUCGUACCACGAGACAAAGCGCGCUGAUCGCCACGCCGCGACCGGGUGGAAGGGCUCGCUGCGUCGUAUGUUUCCCGUAGAGCGUCGCUUCGAGGCCGUCACGCUAGGCAUUUCGCUGGCGAGCGUCCGCCGACACGGUCCUAAUACAGGAGCUGGUGAAGUAGUUGUUUGUUUUGGUUCUUGUUGUCGAUGA